GCGAGUCUGGGGCCUAGGGAGCGCGCGUGCGCGGUAGGGACAGAGCUAGGCUUUGGGGAAGGGGGUGCGGCACACGCAUGGCUUCCAAAGCCAACAUGGUUCGCCAGCGGUUCAGCCGGCUGAGUCAGAGGAUGUCCGCCUUCCAGAUCAACCUCAACCCGCUCAAGGAGCCGCUCGGCUUCAUCAAGAUCCUCGAGUGGUUUGCCUCCAUCUUUGCUUUUGCCACCUGUGGUGGGUUUAAGGGCAAAACAGAAAUUCAAGUGAACUGUCCUAAAGUUGGUGGCAAUAAGAACCAGACUGUGACAGCUACUUUUGGUUAUCCAUUCAGGUUGAAUCAGGCAUCAUUUCAUACACCUCCAAAUGUCAAUGUGUGUGACGUGAACUGGGAAAAGCAGGUCCUCAUAGGUGAUUACUCCUCUUCUGCACAGUUCUACGUUACAUUUGCAGUCUUUGUGUUCCUGUACUGCAUUGCUGCCCUUGUGCUCUAUGUUGGUUACACGAACCUCUACCGGGAUAGUCGCAAACUGCCCAUGAUCGACUUUAUUGUUACUCUUGUUGCUACUUUUUUGUGGUUGGUGAGUUCCUCAGCCUGGGCUAAAGCUCUUACAGAUAUUAAAAUAGCUACUUGACACAGAAUUGUUGAGGAACUUGAUCCUUGUAACCCAGAAUCAGGAGUGUCUUGUUACUUUGCCUCUGUGACUAGUAUGGGGUCCCUGAAUGUAUCUGUGAUCUUUGGCUUUCUGAAUAUGAUACUUUGGGGAAGAAAUGUUUGGUUUGUGUACAAGGAUACAAGCUUACAUAGUCCAUCAAAUACAUCAGCUUCCCACAGCCAAGGCGGUGGCCCACCCACUUCUGGAAUGUAACUAAGGGGAGAAAUACACUGUAUGAAAUGUGUGCUCUAGUAUGCCUUGUUGCCAACACCUUGAGAAGCAUUAUUGUUUCUAAUAAAAAGUAAUGGCUUUUUCAGUAAAUUGGUGGGUUUAAAAAUGUGCUGCUUUUCUACUUAAAACGUGGCUUUUCUAGAAAUUUAAGAUGUAAAUGUAUUUUUACAUGAAAGUUUGAAAAUUCAGGAGCCUGUUAUGAGAUGAUGUUACUUUUAAUUGAACAAUAAUUUAACUAAGUUGCUUCUAAAGUGUUUACACCAUAAACUUUAACAUAAACCUUCAUUCAGAAAACAGUUAUGUCNUAUCAUAAUAUAGGAAGAAUGUGUUUGGAAAAUACACUACUGUUAGUUUGUACACAUCAUAUCUUUAAGGCUUGGCUUGUUUAAGAAAACCUUGAUUGUAUAAAUCAUAUUUAGAAAAAAUUAGUGCAAUUUUAUAUUUGAACAUUGUUCAUGUUAAAAAUUUUUUGAAUUGCAAAGACUGGGUCUAUAUUUUGUUUCUGUUUUUCUAAAUGAUCUGCUGUACUUAUUAGGUGUACUAAAAUUGUCUUAGAAGCAAGAGUUUGAAAAUUGUAACAAAUGUGUAGAGAUAACUUUGCACUUGUGUUGCAUGGGUAUAUUCAUUAUUUCCGGUGGUUUCUUAGGCUUGCAAAGAGCAUGGUUCCCAAGAUGGAUUUAUAUAU